AUGGUUUCGCGCGAGCUGUCACAAAGGCCGCUCCAGUUCCAUUGGGCCAACCUUGUGCUAAGGUUCUGGAACACGGUUGUCAAGAGGCUGGGGACGCUGUGCCACCGGGCCUUCAUUGCCGACCUUGAGCUGGCUCUGGGGGGUGUUACUGAGUGCUGGAUGGGCAAGGACCUGGCUUUCCUUAAGAGUUUGGGAGCUGAGCCCCCAGCCGGCCUGCGAGGUGACGACCUCAUAGCGCAUUACGCCACCGUUAGGUUGCCAGUGGGAAGCAUACUCAAAGAGUUCGCUAGGCGGCUCGACGCCUGGUGGGAGUGCCUAGAUACCCUAGGCGACCCACGCACCUUCCCAAGUGGAAGUACCGGCAUCAAGGCAUGUCGCUAUCUAAACUGCAUGGGGGCGCCCCCACAUAGGGGCACGCGGCAUAAGUGGUUGGCCCACGCUGAAAUCGCCAUGCCCCAGCGUUUGCAUCAAAUGCUCAUGCGUUUCCGGUGCAACAUGCGCACGAUUAUGACCAAGGCCCCACCCCUGGCGCUAGCCAGGUUACAGGGUUCUUCACCAGGGUACCCAAAAAUUUCGGCCGUGUCCGAAAUCCUCUGA